CCAUAAAACCGGGUUCCUCCUCUUUCUCCACCACGUCCGACGGCUAGACCGUUGCCGUCGAUCACACCAGCGGGACCUGCUCCGCCCUCGCCAUCGGCAACCAUUGGGGGCUGGGGAGAUGAACGUCGCCGCCGCGAGGAUGAGCGCCUCCCUUCCCUCCUCCGCCCCGCUCCCCACAGCGGGUGGGCGGUUCUCCGCCGGGUUUACCAAGCUCUGCAAGGGCCUCGCCGUCGUCCUCUUAAUCGGACACAUUUCGGUCCAGUUGGUCCCUUCGGCUGCCACCUAUCUUGCGCUCAUCCCCGCCAGGACAAUCCCAUUUGCUUGGAACCUCAUAACUGCUGGUUAUAUUGAGCAAACAAUUCCAGGGGUGAUUGUCAGCAUAGUUGGUCUUCUUCUAUUUGGGAAGUUAUUGGAGCCUUUAUGGGGUGCCAAGGAGUUACUGAAAUUCAUUUUUAUUGUCAAUAUCUCAACUUCGAUGUGUGUCUUCGUAACUGCUAUUAUUUUGUACUACACGACCCAACAGGAGAUCUACCUGUACACACCUCUUUCUGGAUUCUGUGGAGUUCUUUCAGGAUUCCUGGUGGGCAUUAAGCAAAUUCUACCUGAUCAGGAGCUUAAUAUUCUUGUGCUGAAGAUAAAGGCUAAGUGGAUUCCGUCUCUCGUUGCAUUUAUCUCGGUUUCUGUAAGCUUCUUCCUAAAGGAAUCAAUGUCUUACCUUCCAAUCCUACUAUUCGGCACUUGCACUAGUUGGAUUUACCUGCGUUACUUCCAAAAGAGGCUGGAAGCAGGCCUAAAAGGGGACCCAAGUGAUGAAUUCUCAUUCUCAAGCUUCUUCCCUGGAUUUCUGAGGCCAAUUUUGGACCCAAUAGCUUCCAUAAUUCAUACACUUCUUUGUGGACGGUCUGAAUCCAAAGCCCAAUCAAUGGAUGAACUAUUGCCUAGCUCGGACUCCAUUAUGGCAAACCGAAGGAGAGAAAGGGGCCAGAGGGCACUGGAGCAAAGAUUGGCUGAAAAGCUCGCCGCUGUCAGGAGCUCCGAGAGCACGCCCCAGCAGCAGCAGGAUGCUUCCGGUAAAGUCUGAGGCAGCCAACCUUUUUCGUUGUUGGUGGAUUCGCUGUUAGCAUUGUGUUGUCCGGAGAUUCUUCUGAGGGUUGGUGCUGGUGGCCACAUCAUCUGUUCUCAUAUUUCGUUGUGGUCCAAAUUUAUCACAGGCUUCAGUAGUGUGGUGAAAAAAGUUGUCUAGUGCGCUGUUAACUUCCUGGACUGACUUAAUAUUUUCACCCAAAAGAAUUUUGUUUACUACACUGCGUAGGUAAAAGGAAUGUUGUUAUUUUUUUGUUUUUCGUGCCUUCCGGGUGGUUAAUACGUAAGUUAACUUUUUCGUGCCUUCUGGGUGGUUAAUACGUAAGUUAACAGGCUCAAUUGCUGCAAGUGCAAGCAGGGAACUAUUUUUGUGGGGAAAUGUUCCUUCUCUUCAUUUCAGAGAACCGCUGUUUCUUGUGUUCUGUGACCUAAAAAUGUGAACUGUCAAAGUUUUAUUCUCUU